AUGCUUGUUUAUUCUCCCGUUGAGACGAGUAGAAUGCUGGGAAGAACUGCUACUGCUGCUUAUCUAAAGCAAAAGAUCGUUGUUUCUCUUGGCUCUCCUUCUUCUUCUGUUUCUCGGCUGCUUGUUGCAACUCUAUCCCAUUAUUACAGUUCUUCUACCACUCGUAAUCCUACGAAUGCUGUUAAAAGUCAACAAAGUUCAUAUACCCAGUUCACAGAUCAAACGAAAUCAAUGGAGAAAUUGGUGAGAGAUCGUUGCAGGUCAGGCUCCCUUACUCUUGCUGAAUCGUUGGGUUUACUAAGCCAAUUGGUUCUCAUAGACCCCAGUCCCUCAAUUUCUACUUUUAAUCAACUGUUAGGGGCCAUUACCAAGAUAAAGAAGUACCCUUCAAUGGUGAUCUCUCUGUUUAAACAGAUGGGUUCAUUUGGGAUUCAACCUGAUAGCUACACAUUGAGUAUCUUGCUGAAUUGCUUCUGCCACUUGCGUCGUGUGGAUUUGGGUUUAUCUGUCAUAGGGGUUAUCGUGAAACGUGGGUUUGAAUUGAAUGCUGUAAUAUUAAGUACUCUGAUUAGGGGACUUUGUGAUAGAAAUGAGAUUGGUCUUGCCAUGGAGUUGUUUCACAGGAUUGAGGAAUUGGGAUAUCCAUGUGAUGAGGUCACUUAUGGAACCAUAAUGAAUGGGCUCUGCAAUAGUGGUCGUACAGGUGAAGCUCUUGCUCUGCUAAAGGAGAUGGAGCAGAAGAAGCAGGGAUGCAGGGCUAAUGUGACAAUGUAUACCACAGUUAUUGGUGGUCUCUGCAGAGAAGGGAUGGUGAAAGAGGCUAUGAAUCUCUUCUCAGAAAUGUCAAGGAAACGUAUCUCACUGGAUAUUGUUGCUUACAACACUGUGAUUCAUGUUCUCUGUGAUUUUAGGUGGUGGAAAGAGGCUGCUAGUCUUUUUAAUGAUAUGUUAGAGCAUGGGAUCUUGCCAGAUACUAUAACCUUCAGCACUCUAGUGGAUGGUCUUUGCAAGGAAGGGAGAACUGCAGAAGCACUUUCCAUGUUUGAGUUAAUGACUCAAAGAGGUGUGAAGCCUAAUCUUGUUACGUACACCUCUUUGAUUGGAGGAUUAUGUGAUUCGGGACAGUUGAAGGAGUCAAUGAGAUUUCUCAAUGAAAUGCUGGAACAGGGUAUCUCACCAAAUGUUGUUACCUUAGGUGCGUUGGUGGAUGCACUUUGCAAACAAGGAAUGGUUGUGGAAGCUCAUAAGCUAGUUCAAUUAAUGACUCAAAGAGAUGUGGAACCUGAUUUAAUCACAUAUAACUCAUUGAUUGAUGGAUAUUGUUUGCUAGGUCGUAUGCGCGAAGCUGAAGAAGUCUCUACUUACAUGUUGAAUAAGGGCCACAAGCCUGAUGUCAUCACCUAUAAUAUGUUGGUCAACGGCUACUGCAAGAGCAGGAAGAUAGAAGAAGCCUUCCAGCUCUUUAGGGAAAUGCCUCGUAAAGGAUUGAAUCCUGACACUGUAACUUAUAAUACUCUUAUAGGUGGGCUUUGUCAAGUUGGCAAAAUUAGCUUUGCACAAAAGCUAUUUAAUGAAAUGUUGGUUCAUGAGCAACCCCCCAGUCUAUACACCUAUUCAAUAUUAAUGAAAGGAUUGUGCAAAAACGAGUGUAUUGACGAUGCCAUGGAACUAUUUCGUAAUGUUGGGGAAUCAAACCUGGAUAUUGUAAUUUUCAAUGUCCUCCUUGAUGGACUGUGGGAUGCUUGUAAGGUUGAAGAUGCAAGAGAACUUUUCAACACCAUUUUUACCAAAGGAUUGGAGCCUAAUGUACAAUCAUAUAGCAUAAUGAUCAAGGGCCUCUGUGAGGAAGGUUCACUGACUGAAGCUUAUGACUUAUUCAUAAAAAUGGAAGAGAAAGGGUGUCCUCCGGAUGAAGCCAGUUUCAAUAUCUUGGUUCAAGGUUUUCUCCAGAAGAAUGAAAUCCAAAAGGCAGUUGAACUUCUUACUGAAAUGCUUGAGAAGCAUUUCUUACCUGAUGCAAAGACCACACAUCUGAUAGUGGAUUUGAUUUCAGUUAAUGGGCCUGGUGGUGAAUGCUUUACAAUGCUAAGAAGAUUUGUGUCAAAUGAAAAGCGUGAAAAUGAUGAUGUUAAUCUUGAAUCGCUUUGA